UUGUUGCUUCAACUUGAAUCGGACUACGCGUCGGCUACGUGAUUUUUCCGAAUCGCCGGUGAUCUGUUACAACCUUCGGGCUUCUUUUCGCAAUUCUCAGCGCGCUACUAAUAAAACAAAAAAUUGUGUAAAAAAAUAAAUAAAUAAUAUUAUACAGAUUGGCCACUUUAUAAUUCGAAAAUCCCACGGCCAUACAAAGUGAAGUGAAGUGUAUAGAAGCGGAAACGGAAAUCAAGCAUCUGGAUUACAUAUGCACUCGAAUGAAAAGUUUAAAAAUAAAUAGCCAAGAGUAAACAAAAGUGGAAAUAUUAUUUGAAAUUUAUAUGAAUGAAAGUGCAAACGGACGAACGGAAAUUUAAUUAAUUCGCAAACAGUCCGCGUAAGUGCUGUGUGUUGUUCGGCUAUCCAUUUCCCAGCCCCACAAGCCGCGGGUGUUUGUUUUCUUUUUGCACCAAAAAAUACAAAUUUGAUCAUCAGAUGUUUACUGCGGAGGGGUUGGGGUAAACAUAUAGCCAAAAAGGUGUUGAGUGUAAACAAAAACUUGAAAUGAUUGCGUGCGAAGCCAUCAGCUGAAAAGUCAACAUUUCCAUAAGGAGACUCCAGUGCAGAGUGAGUCGCAAAUGUAAACACAGCCAACUAUGAGGAAACUUUUCCCUCAGAAUGCAUCAUUCGAACACCAUUCGAAUUAGGAUUGUGUUGUUCAUCCUCCUGGUGGGGGCAUGUGAGGCCUCGGGUCCAGGUUUGUCCGAAAACACCACCACGCCCAGUAAUCCGACAAUGAUAUCACUGGUUCCGAACGGGGAGCCGGACAGCAGGCAAAUGGAGGCACAUCGCUAUGUAACUGGUUUGCCGGGGCUGAAGACCCUGGAUCCUGCGACCAGGAUGCGGUUAAACCCCACUCCUGAUGGAGAAAUCACAGAGUUGAGCACAAAUGUAACGCUUUACAUGGAGAAAAUCCCACGACUGCAGGUGCGAUGGCAGGACAACCUGCCUGAAGGCACAUCCUACAAUGUCCUUGUAAGUGCGGUGAACAACAGCCGAUGUCCGGAUGCUCCGUGCAGCGAGUACGGAAUCAAACAGAAGAUGGUUGCCCCCGAGCCACACUUCGUUCUCCUGCCAGUGAAUCCCAACCUGAACGUGGAGUCCGUGGACUGCAACUACAUGUUCGGCUGUCAAUAUCAGGUGAUUGUGGAAACCUCCAAUGCGAUGGUCAGGCGAUCCGCCCGCGUCUAUAUUCCACAGUGCCUGGAGGGAAAGUGCUCCUGCCAGUUGGCGCCCACUCCGCCGAAAGUGCUGGCCGUGGGCAAAAUGCUCAGCAACGAGACAAUCAGCAUCAACAUCUCGAUUUUGGCCAGUGAGCAGUUGCGCAGGGAGCAGGAAUCCCAUCUGCACGAAUCACUGAAGGCCUACAAAAUGCAAUUAAAAAUCAACGAGGAGACGAACCCCUCGCUUCCUUGGGGAGGAGUGCUGAAGCACCUGAUGACCCGCGUCUACAAACUCAGUGAGCUGAACUUCAGGCCAACUCCGAAGGGAUUCGAGGGCCUAAUGAAGCUGGGACUGGGAACGCAGCUCAAGGAGAAGGCCUCCCUCAGCCUGCAGGCGGUCAUCAUAGAUCCCUCGGGAUGCGAGGGGCCGCGGAGUGUCGCCAAGGUGCCAGUGCCCGCCAAUCCGAUUCGAUUAACCGAAGGCGACAGUGUGAGCAACUCCAUUGUCGUCAUGAGCGGCAUGCUGAUUGCCAUUAUCCUGGCGGGACUGAUUAUGCUGCUCCUGCGGCGCCGACGAGCCAGGACAACGGCCAAGCUGCGGAAACAGGAGCACAUAUACAUCCAGACCUUCGCCGCCUCCGCCAUCGAGAUGGAGGACAACGUAAACUAUGUGGACAAGUAUGUGGAGAAAUCGCAGGUCCUGGGACUAGCAGACAUUUUUGAGGUUCCCCACUCGGCCAUCCAAAUUGGCCGGAUUCUGGGGGAGGGAGCCUUCGGUCAAGUGCACGAGGCCACUGCAAUUAAUUUGCGCCGGAUGAGGGGCACAACCAUUGUGGCAGUAAAGCAGCUGAAGGCCGAUCCCAAGGCGGAUGAGGUGGCCGAGUUCCUGGCCGAGAUCGAGAUGCUCAAGGGAGUGGGCACGCACCACAAUGUGGUCUGUUUCCUGGGCUGCUGCACCAUCAAGGAGCCGUAUCUGAUGAUUAUGGAAUACGUCGGCAGAGGAAACUUGCUGAACUAUUUGCGAACGGUUCGUCAGGAGGCCAGCAAGCUGAGGAACAGGAAUGCCAACUACACCACCUGCCGACCGAUUUCCAACAGGGCGAAUGGCUCCUCGUCGCCGAAAUUGCAAAGCGUGAACUACAUCGAAUUAAAGGCAUCCAGCCAGUCAGUUGAAUUGCCAUUGGAGGACUCCAACGGAUUAGCUAAUGGCCACCGGCAACCCAUCCCCUCGUUUGCCGAAACUACCUACACCAUUGUGGAGGACGAGGACUCCUUUGAGUACAUUCUCGACAACAAGGAGCUACACAAUUUCGCACUUCAGAUUGCCAAUGGGAUGCGGUUCCUCGAGGAGCAGGAAAUUACGCACCGAGACCUGGCUGCUCGCAAUGUGCUGAUUGAUAGCAACAAGACGCUGAAAAUAUCGGAUUUCGGCCUCUCCAGGCAUGGAAUUUAUACGAACACAAGGACGCGGAAGCUCCCUCUUCGCUGGCUGUCCAUCGAGGCGAUUCGCGACAACGUGUACUCCAGCAAGAGCGACAUUUGGGCCUACGGCGUGGUGCUCUGGGAGAUCGGCACCCUGGGCGCCUCGCCCUACCCGACGAUCAGCAACAGCGAGCUGAUCCCCUUCCUGAUGGCCGGCAACCGGCUGCAGAGGCCGGAGAUCUGCACCCCGCAGGUGUACACCAUCAUGCUGCAGUGCUGGCUGGAGGAGCCCGAGGAGCGACCCACCUUCGACGCCCUGUACCGGGUGCUCAGUCCGAAGACCACCUACGUGGACAUCAACAGCCUGAGCGACGACUACGUCUUCCCGCCGAUCAGCGAGAACAGGGAGUAGACUAGCGGAGGCCUCCUUCUGUGUAAAUUCUUAUUUAAGUUCGAAGUAGAAUUCCCCUAUCGAUAGCUGUUGUAGGUUUAUUAUGGUAUUCUACUGUACAAACAUCUCCGUCUGUGUGUGCAUAAUGCAGAGUUCAAAAUGUGCCGGAACAAAGUUUUAAAUUAAGUACAAGUUUUGCGCGUAAGCUUUAGAGUGUCGGCCCAGAUUAUGUAUAGUAGCUCCAUUAGUUUUUCGCUCGAUAUAUUCUGUAUGUUAAGCUAGUUGUUGAGUUCAUUGAACGGACUGCACCACAGUCUGCUGUAUACGAACGUAAUUUUGAUGUGCUGUGAGUUUUCAACAAUGGAAAUAUAUUGAAGUUAUUGUAUUUCAGAUUUUAUUGUUAGUCAUGCGUUAUUUCCAAGUAUUAAUAAACUCCAA